GCUCAUUCAUUCUUUGUUGCUUACAGUCACAGUUUGAGUCCAGAUUCGAUCAGAGAGAUCAUGGCAGAAACCGCUCCAGCAGCUGCCGCGACCAAAGCGGCCAAGAAGAAACCAGCAGUUAAACGCAAGAAAACGGGUCCGAGCGUCGGCGAGCUCAUCGUCAAGGCUGUGUCCGCGUCUAAGGAGAGGAGCGGUGUGUCUCUCGCCGCACUGAAGAAAGCGCUGGCUGCCGAAGGCUACGAUGUGGAGAAGAACAACUCCCGCGUCAAGAUCGCCGUCAAGAGUCUGGUGACUAAAGGCACCCUGGUCCAGACCAAAGGAACCGGCGCCUCCGGCUCGUUCAAGCUCAACAAGAAACAAGCCGAGACCAAGACAAAACCCGCCAAGAAAGCCGCUCCUAUAGCCAAGAAGCCCGCAGCAAAGAAGCCCGCAGCCAAGAAACCUGCCGCCGCGAAGAAGAAGCCCAAGACCGCAGCCGCGAAGAAGCCCGCCGCCAAGAAAUCCCCGAAGAAGGCCAAGAAACCGGCUGCUAAAAAGGUAACGAAGAGCCCCAAAAAAGCAAAGAAACCAGCGACUCCUAAGAAAACAGCCAAGAGCCCUAAAAAGGCCAAAGCAGCCAAACCCAAAACGGUGAAACCCAAAGCUGCCAAACCUAAAAAGACAGCAGCCAAAAAGAAGUAAACUGUUUAUUAAUAUUUUAUCAAAACGGC